AUGAGCUCUGAUCAUUUGUCCACCUGCAUAUCUGUAUGUACCAUCACGGUGGUCACUGGGAUCUACGUUGCCGCCUGGGCAGGAUACCACCUGCUGCUCCACCCGGGCGUUCUGUGGGCGUGUCUUUUCAACGUCACCUGGGCUCUGGCGCUCUGGAGCUACCUGCAGACCAGUCUGACGGACCCGGGCAGCCCGGCGAGCCCUGAGUGGCAGGCCUGGGCCCAGGCGCGCCAAGGGGAGCGCUCCCUGGAGCAGUGGCAGAAGGACGCCGAGGAGGAAGCUGGCAACUUGAGGGAAAGGAGUUGGGCCCCAGGCAAGCCGACAUGGUGCCGCAGCUGCCGCAUGGAACGGCCUGAGCGUGCCCAUCACUGCGCGAGCUGUGGCUGCUGUGUGCUCCGUAUGGACCACCACUGCCCCUGGAUUGGAUCUUGUGUUGGAUGGCGCAACCACAAGUAUUUCCUCCUCCUCAAUUGGUGGUGCUUUUGGAGCUGUGCGUGCCUCCUGCUGACCAUGACAAGGCCCAGCGUCAUAGAAGCCAUCGGCAUCUCGUCGAACCUCUCCGCCAAGAGUAUCCUGCGGAUGGUGAUGGUGCUCUCAAUCAUGGUGUUCCUAAUGCUCACAGGCUUGCUUUUCGCGCUGUCCUUGUACGCGGCGAUGAGGAACGCUACCACUAUCGAGGAGUUCUUUGCAGGCGCCAACCCGUACACGCUGGACUCCUCCAUGGACAACUUGACAGAGCUCCUGGGGCCUCCAGGGCUGCGGUGGCUUGUGCCGGUGCCCUGUGCUUGCAGACGCUCCGAUGGCACACAGUUUCCGACCAAGCCAGAGGCUCUGAGUUAUGGCAGCGUGUGA